AUGCUUUCAUUCCAACCUCUCAGUCCUGCAAAGAUUGCUUCUUGUGCGAAUGGGGCUUUUUGGAAUAACCUUGUUAAAAAUCACGAAUCAAUAAUCAUCGAAGCCGACAACCUUGACUUUGAAAAAACAAUCUACCGCUCACUCUCAAAGAGCACAACAUUACAUAGACUGAUAUUGGAACGCAAUGUUGCAAGCACGAUUCUGCCAGAUACUUGGCAAAAAGUUCAUCUCCACACCGUAACUGAGAUGGGUCUUUCUCUGGACUCCAACAUUGCUAGUAUGAACAACCUUAAUCUAGAAGUGUCUGCUCUAGUGCAAUGUCCGAGGAAAGAAUGGAUUACUGACAUGUCGAUUCAAAUCGAUACACGAGGUUUAACCUGGAGCGAGUGGAGCGACAUGAAGGAAGCACCGUGGCCAGGGUUCCAGAAUAGCGCUCUUGGAGGCUUAGAGUAUAGAAUACGAUCUGGAUCAAUAGAUUCUUUGCCAAAAAAGCCUUUUUAUUUAUAUAUCCGUCCCUUAGCAAGUUCCUUGUCACUUUCUGUCCAGAAUCACAAUAGUCAGAACCUGGAUGUCCUCCCAUUGGCUAUUGGACCUAUUUCUAUUACUAACAAGCCAGUUGAUUCAAGUGCUUACGAAAGUAUUAUUCCCUGGGGUCCCGAAGAAUUUCAGACAAAUCAAAAUCACCGUGCAUUGGCUUAUCCUGGCGAUGGGAUAACCCGCUACUUUCUGCUCAAGGAGAGAUGGGGAUGUGGUACGCCUGGAAAACUGUGGGACUCUGCUAUUGUCCUUUCCAAUAUGUUUAGUACUUGGUUUAUCAACAAUCCUCAGGGCCUUGCGGGUAGACGUAUCAUAGACUUGAGCGCAGGCACUGGAUUCCUUGGUUUAUUUAUUUCUCAUUUGUACCAAAGUCAAGGCAUGAAUGCCCCGACAAUCACACUCACAGAUAUACCCGAAGCAACAUCGAUCAUCCGAGAGAAUGAACAACUUAACCAUAUGCACGCUAUAAAGCAGGUCAGAAUUAAACCUUUAUUGUGGGGAUCAGCUACGAAUGCCCGAUCCGCCAAAGACAACAAUAUAGUGGAUAUUGUUCUUGCAUCUGAUGUUCUGUACAAUGAAAGUGAUUUCCCUCUUCUGAUAAAGACAUUGUGUGAUAUCAGCACACCUAAAAAAACCAUCGUUUAUUUGGGAUACAAGCGCCGAGGAUUCACCCAAAAAGAAGAAGACAUGUUCUUUUCAAUGUGCAGUAAGCACUUUCGUGUGAGCGAGUAUGGGACCCCUGUGCCAGAAGAUCUACAGGCCGAAUGGGAAAAGACCACAGAAACCGGAAUUUCGAGUAGAUCCCAUAACAUUGAUAGCUUGCUAGCUUAUGCUGAAAUCCUUGAAAACACUGGUGUUCACGUCUACCGUUUAAUGCGUAAAUAA